CCCUUUGUGUAUAGAUCCGCUCAAGCCUCAAUCCAUAACAUAACUCGAUUCGGCUCGAUUACAAUCCUGUGAAUCAGCAAUGGGCAGGAAAGCUGAGAUGGUGGAGCUGGCCGGCGAUCCCGAGUUGGAGGAGAAGAAGAGACUGAGAACCCUAGCCGUCUCGAAAAAAAUCCUCCGCCGCUCGCCGGCGAACGUCUCUGUCCCUCUCGAGCCUUCCAAGGCCAUUGUCAAGCUUCAGGGCCGGGACAUAGUGAAACGUGGCCAACGAAAAAGCCGUUAUCUCUUCUCUUUUCCGGGUCUCAUCGCCCCGCUCUCCGGCGGAAAGAUUGGCGUUCUCUCGAACCUCGCUACCAAGAAUCCUGUCCUCUACCUUGAGUUCCCGCAGGGCCGGAUGAAGCUUUUUGGUACUCAUGUUUAUCCGAAGAACAAGUACCUAACGCUGCAGCCCACUAAAUCUGCGAAAGGAGUAAUGUGCGAGGAUGUUUUUGAGAGCUUGAUCGUCUUUUCUGAUGCUUGGUGGAUUGGGAAGAAGGAGGAAAAUCCUGAAGAAUACCAGCUUGAGUAUCCCAAGGAUUUAAACGAGGGAAAGGAUUCUGAUUAUGAUUUCAAGGGUGGUGCUGGGGCAACAUAUGAUGAGGCAUCUGCUGCUCAAAAAAGUUCGAAGGAAGAGCCGCCUUCUCCUGGCAAUGAAUCGGAGUCUGAUGGAUCUGAUGAUUUUUGUAAUCUCUUUGACAAAGAUGUAAAGAAGUCAAUUGAAACAACUCCUCUUCGGCAGUCUGCAAGGACAUCAAGACAAACAUUGAAGGUUAGUUAUGCAGAAUCUUCUUCUGAGAAGGAUUCUACUGAUAGUGAUACUGAGACAACUAAAGCUGAUGAGUUGAAGAUCAAUGCUGAAGCUGAUACAAAGCCAAAGGUCCAGCUUUCAGAAAGAGAUGAUUCAGGUGUAGUAGGAUCAACUGUUUGUUCUCCAGAGAAUGGAGCAAUUGCCGCAAAAGGAAAUAUAUCUGAAGAAGCAAAGCAAUCCUUGCAAAAGUCCACCAGAAAGUCUUCUAAUAAAAAAGGGACGCUAGUUCAAGCUAGUUUGUCUUCCCUAUUUGAAAAAGCUGCUGAGAAGGACUUGACGAUGAUUGUUGAUCAUUUAGUCAUGUUAGGCGACUUCCAAAUCAAGACUAGACGACUAGGCCGCCGAUAGUUUUUCAUUUUAUGUUGCAUCACUUGAGCA